CAUCACCGUCACCACCAUCAUCGUUUUCGUCGUCGCCUUCACCUUCGUCUCCGUUUUUAUCGUGAUCAGUUACGUCCGCGGUGAUAUGCCGUACCGGCGACGUGCUCCUCCUCGUCCGUGUGGGUAUACGCGAGAUAGCCGCCCAGUCGCCAGCAGAAGUAUGCGUGAGAGCCCGUGCGGAAGUUUUCCACGCGGAAGACGGCCGGUGUCCGCAGCCCGUCAGUUGUGCGAAAUGCUAAGGUGAUGUAGAAGAAAUUGAAACUGCCAAAUCGACGACGUGACGAUUUUCUUCGUGUGGGUUGCAAUAUAAAACCAAGACGGCUAACAAAGCGAUAAAGAUGGUGUCCGUGCAAGAUGCGGAGACCAGCACGUUGCGCAGACUUUCGGACGAUGAAGAUGACGAGCCUAGUAGCGGGUCCGAAACCUAUGAGGAAGGAGAUCUCCUUUCGGCUGCAAUGGAUGACGAUGUCACAGCUCAACUCGCUGCAGCAGGUUGGCAAUUCAAACACAUUAAUGGACCAGUUGGAGUUGCUGCAGCUGCUGCCAUUGUAUCAGCAAAGAAGCGAAAACGACCUCACAGUUUUGAAACCAAUCCCAGUGUCAGAAAGAGACAACAAAACAGGCUUUUAAGAAAGCUUAGACAAACUAUUGACGAAUUUGCUACGCGGGUGGGGCAACAGGCGGUAGUGUUAGUGGCUACGCCAGGCAAACCAAAUAGUAGUUACAAAGUCUUUGGAGCAAAACCCUUAGAGGAUGUAAUUAAAAAUCUAAGGACCGUUAUCAUGGAGGAACUGGAGAAUGCACUUGCACAACAAGCGCCGCCGCCUGUGCAAGACGAUCCAUCAUUAUUCGAAUUACCACCACUUGUAAUUGAUGGUAUUCCAACUCCAGUAGAGAAGAUGACACAGGCGCAACUUAGAGCGUUUAUCCCGUUGAUGUUAAAAUAUUCCACUGGUAGAGGAAAGCCUGGUUGGGGGAGAGACAGUACACGACCUCCUUGGUGGCCCAAAGAAUUGCCUUGGGCUAAUGUCCGAAUGGAUGCGCGAUCAGAAGAUGAUAAACAAAAAUCUAAUUCGUUGCAGAUCUCUUGGACUCAUGCAUUACGGCAAAUUGUAAUAAAUUGUUACAAAUAUCAUGGAAGAGAAGAUCUUCUGCCAGCCUUUAGUGAAGAUGAUGACAAAUCUAAUGUUAUAAUACAACAAGCGACGCCGCAUUCUUCAUCGCAUGCUUCAUCGAGUCAGGGGCAAAAUGGAGGACAGUCACAACAACAGCAGACGGUGGGAGUCGUUCGUCUCAACAGCACGGAUUCAUCUAAGGGAAACUCUUCGCCAGCACAAAUUAUUGCCACGUCUCCCACAGCUCUUGCCACUGCCACUCAGCAGAUGACAGCCCAGUAUCCAACAACUGUAUUGCAGACAAUAACCAAUCCAGAUGGAACAGUUUCCAUCAUACAAGUGGAUCCUAGUACACCGAUUAUUACGUUACCAGAUGGCACAACAGCCCAAGUUCAAGGAGUGGCUACUAUCCAUACAAGCCAAGGAGAUGUACAGGCACUAGCAGAAGUAGCUGGCAGCACAGAAGGUACUAGCGUGGCCGUCGAUUUGAAUACUGUGACAGAAGCGACGUUAGGUCAAGAUGGCCAGAUCAUCCUUACCGGAGAAGACGGACACGGAUAUCCUGUCUCAGUCUCAGGGGUGAUCACAGUGCCAGUGUCAGCCAGUAUGUAUCAAACUAUGGUGGCCAAUAUACAAAGCGACGGUACGAUGCAAGUGGUAACACCGAUGGUUCAAGUACCUAAAGUCGAAUCAGGAAACGGAGACACCACCAUCGAAGCUGUCGCCAUACAAGGUCACCCCAUGACUAUGAUAAAUGCUGCUGGGGAACAUCAGGUUCUUCAAGUAAUAUCAUUAAAGGACGCCAACGUUCUGACGAAGGCCAUGCAGGCUGAGGUUAUCAAGGACGAGGACAGUCAACAACAACAAACUGUAUCUAGCCCAGAAUAAACACGUUAAGUGUAAUCUAGUUAAUCCAAAAAGAAAAAAUCGUUCCGUACCACCUUUACAUGCUGUCAGUGCAUCGUGGUGAUAUACGGAAGAGAUAAACGUGUGAAAGAAUUAGUAAUGAUUGGUGUUGUGUUUUUCUUUUUCUCUUUGAGUCAUUGUACUGUGUAAUGUGCGUCUUGCUGCGUCGUUUAACGGCGGUUAUAUCUGACAAUGAGAAUGUAUGAAUGUGAAAUCAAUUGAAUUAGGAUUAGUCGUAUUUGUACUCAAGAUUCAUCAUAGAUGCUUGAGUAUCCACUUGCAAUCCAAUCUCUCGGAUAUAGUAUUAAUUUUCAAAGAGGUCUAUAUUGUCGUGUCAGGCGAGCGCGUCUGUUUUCGAAGAUAAUUUAUGAUAAUUACCUUUGUCGCGCAUUGUUUACUGGAAAAUCAAAGAUCAAUGAUACUAUUUUCCAGCAAUGCGCGAACUAAGCACAUAUUUUCUAGUCUUAGAGCCAGGUUGAUGCAUAGAAAUACCAAAGAUAUCUUCUUUAUUGAUUUAUUAAUACUUUCUAUGGAAAAAAUUUUUACGAAAAUGUUUAUACUUAAUUUCAUUAAUUACACAAAUUUAUAAAAUUUAUACGAAGCUUGAUUAUUUUCACAAUAAUAGUAAAAACUCGGUAAAUUUUAUUAUCGUUUAAGAUAAUUUUUCAAAAUUUAAUAAAGACACAAAGCUUUCCCGCGGAUGUUUAAAAGUAAACAAGAGAAAUUAUAAUUCUGUUAUAUUCCCCCUCCUUCCCGCUUACAGAUAUUUGUCACCUGUAAAAGAAUUUAUUUUUAUGAAUAAGAAACGGGGCUCGGACAGAGUCGAAUAAAUCAAUCUGUUCGAAAUGUUUCGAGUUCGAAGUUCGAUCUAAUCGAAUUGUACGAUUAUAUAAAAAGAUUAUCAAGAUAACUUUCGUAUCACAGUUGUGUGUAACAAUAUAUACAUAAUAAUACAGACAAUGGGCGUUUCUCAUUUAUUUUAACUUGAAACUUCUAAUAGUCAAGAUAUGCAAAACAGGCUAGUAGAUAUAAUAUAUAUAUAUAAAGGGUCGCGAUAUAAUAGAAAUAAUGACGAAAAAAAAGAGUUAAGCAUUUCUGACGGGUACAAAUAGGAUGUAAGAUGUAUGUUUUUUCAAUAAUACAGAAUAUAUGAAUUUGCAAUUUCAAUGCGCACCAACGAGAGGCGUGUGUCCAUGAUCUUAUUUUACAAGAAUCGUAUUGCACUAUUUAUGUAGGUAUUUGCUUCGAUUAGCAUAAUCGAUAACGAGCCGUCGUUUGAUUUUCAUCAAUGAGAUAAGAAAGAGGAAAAAACUAGUAUAUUAUAUUUGUAUGAAAGAUCAUUUUAACGUUUUUGAUCUCGAAAAUUAUGGAAUCGCAAUGUGUAUGUACUAAUUUUCUAAAGAGAAGAGUAUGCGAUUGUAAAAACCAGGAUUCAUAUAUAUUGUCCUUCAUUCCACUUGAAGGUAAUCAAAAGUAAUCGAUUCUAUUUUACAUUAAAUAAUUAAACUGUGUCAUAUUUAAAAUCAUCCCCCCAUUUUUAUAUAAUAUGUAUCUAAAGCGAAAAAGUGUAUUUUUUGCGUGCAAUCUUGUUCCAAUGUUACGGUGACCAAAAGUAGAAUUAUCUUCACCUGGAGUAAUUUUACUUAUUUAACUUUGCAUUUCUAUUUUCUCGGUUUUUCUUCAGACGUGAUCUAAAUUACAUAUUACAUAUCUUUACAUUUAUAUGUAAAAUAAUUCAAAUAGUAAUAUUCUUCAGUUAUAAUUAUUCAAUAUUAUCUAAUACACUAAUAGCAAUUAGUGUAACAACACAGAUGGCAAAGUAAAAGUUGUCAUUUCUCUGAAGAUCGUAACAUUGAAACAACAAAUUGCUCUUGAAAAAACCGUGUGUAAGAAUACCAAAGAGAUUUUUAUAACAUUAUAGGGGAAAGUAGUUGAAGUUAGUGGUAAAUACUAAAAGAAAACGUAUCAUAAUGACUAUAGAUACUAAUUGUUGCGAUUUUUUUUUUUAUAUCAGGGCCAUUAAUGAUGUAAUAUAUCGGUACUCACAUGUAACAUAAACAUGUUAUAUUUUCCCUUUGUUGUUUGUACCAAAGCACAUACCGAGCAUACAUUAAGUUGGAUGUCAUUUGAAAAAGCAAGAAAAAAAUGUGUAUUACGAUUUUAGAUAAUUAUAGACAUAUGUGUA